AUGUCGACUCGUAGAAGUCUUCGUUCGCGCAGAGACGCCCAGCAGCAGUCUGAACCCGACACGCCAGAUGCCACGCCCUCGCGUAAGCGCAGGCGGUUGAAUGGCGCUGCCCAAGAGCCGGCUGCUUCAGCCGCCCCCGACCCGCCCCGUACCCGCAUCACAGAGUCGGUCGCCAGCAACGACUCCAACACGACACUGCCCAACGGCGGAGACGCAGAAAACCCCAUGGACCCCAUAGAGCGCCAGAACAUCGUCAUAGCCGCCCUCCGUGUGCCCGGCUAUGUGCCCCACGCCGCCAUCGACUAUGCCAACGACCUGCAGUCGCAGCGCAACAAGGGCAAGAACAUCCCGGCCUUUGCCAAGAUUGCUGCCCGCGACUGGUGCUUCUUCGUUCAGGACACGCAAGUUAGAAUCGGCCGUGUAGACUCGAACACACGCUCCAAUCAGCAGAGCUCCCAGCCCGACCUCUCUGGGCUGCCUCCAAGCGAUCCCAACCGCCAGGACUGGGGUGUGCAUAUUGACCUCGGACCUGAGCGCCAGAUAUCUCGCGUCCACGCCGAGAUCAACUUUGAGAUUGACGACCAGCAGUGGUACAUCACCGUAAAUAGCCGCAACGGCCUCAAGCUGGACGACCGCCAUCUUACCAGAGGAGACAAGGCACCCUUACACUCGGGUAUUUGUAUCAGCAUCAUGAGCACUCAGAUGUUGUUCCUUCUCGCCAACCAGGAGGACCACUUCCACCCCAUGUUGUGGCGUCAGGUUAAGAAUGAGGACGCCGCCGAAUCUGACAAUGACGGCAACCCGCCGCCAAAAUCCCAUCAGCACGCGCAUCCCAGCGGACCGACGCCUAAACGCGACCAGUACGAUCCGUUUCCGCCGUCUUCGCACCCUCGCAACAAACACCAAUCGUCACAAGCAUACUACAAUCAGAUGACAUCCACGCCUGGAUACCCACAACCCGGUACCCCCAUGACCUUCCGCGGCGAAAAGGACCCGCGCAGCAAAGGCUCACCUGCUACCUUCUCUCGAGCAGUUGUACUAGAAACUGGAGACGAUAUUGACUACAGCUUAGACUCAACCAAAGAAAUCAAGCCGCCUCACAGUUAUGCUCAGCUCAUCGGUCAAGCAAUCCUCAGUAGCGAGGAGGAGAUGCUCACGCUUGCCAACAUUUACGACUACAUCAAGUCCCGGUACGCCUUCUUCCGCCACACAAACAGCGGCUGGCAGAACAGCAUCCGACACAAUCUGUCCCUCAACAAGUCGUUUGAAAAAGUUGCGCGCCGCACCGACGAGCCUGGCAAGGGUAUGAAGUGGAAGAUUGCAGAGUCAGAGAAGGAAGAGUUUAUCAAGAAGCAACUGCUUAACCCUCGCAAGGGCGGUGGAAUGGCAAUCGGAUACCGCAUAGACGGCUCAGGGCCUAGUUCGCCCGCGCUGGGCAAUCCAUCUCAAGCCACCGAGCGCCUUGUGGGUGCCUUGGAGCGCGACAACCGCCAAAUCCAAUACCCUCCUCGCGUCAAGUCGCCUCCGCGAUCCGCUACGCCUCCGCUUUCGUCGGUCCCGAUGGCCACCGAAUCCUAUACUCCAGACCGCGGCCCACGCCCAUUUGGAGGUUUCAAGCAAUCGCCGACUAUACGCGACCAGGAUCGGUUCGUGACUCCGGCGAAGCGCCUUGUUUAUGGAGCCAAUGACGGCCAGGAACCUACUCACAUCAAGCAGGACGAAUCUCGACUGGAAUCAUCACCCGGUGUGGACCCCGUUAAGCAGAGUGUCCCUGGUAUGAAGACUGACGUCGGCAACUCACCACCGACCCUGUACUCGGACACCGGAUCGAACAAUCUGAAUGGCAACUAUGAUGCCAACCGGAUGAACAAUGCGCUCGUCACCCCACUUGUUUCCCGCCACGCACCCCGUCUCGCACCCCCCAGCACAGCUCAAAUGCCCAGCCAGUACAUGGCGUUCUCCAGUCCAGCACCGUUCUGGAAAUUCGUCGACCUUCCCAGCACGCCUGCCAAAGCACCACUCGAACUCAGCCCUAUCAAACUACAACGUCCAGACUUCAAGGAUGGCGAUGACGACGAUCACCCUAGUUCACCCCCAAUGCUGCCGUACAACAGCGCGGAGCCCGAAGAUAAUGAAGAUCAAGACCAAGAUGCCGAGGAGAAAGGCGAAGAAGAGGAAGAUGCCGGUCCAGAGAGUCCAAGUCGUACCGUCUCCAGACCCGCCAGUCGGCAUAUUGGAAGCCAGCGUUCCCGGUCGAAUAGCAAUGUCAACGGGCUUGGAUUGGGUAUCGUUGGCAACGGAGGUAUGGUUCGCGGUGCCAGCUUGACGAGCUUCGAGGAGGAGCCCGAGCCUGAGGAGGAAAGCUACGAUCUUUCAAAGGGUUUCCAGAAAAUCGGCUCCUUCCACCGCAGCAUGGCUCAAGCCCACGGUCUCGGCAGCAUCGGCAGCCGCGCUACCGCUACACCACCUCCCCAUUUAUCGCGCACUAGUGUUCCUGCAAACAUGUAG